AUGCGGAAGAGGGAGCCACGCAGAGGCUCUCAGCAGGAGCCUGCGAGCUCAGAGAGCUCCUCUUCCCCAGUCCCAAAGCCCGCCUCACUGAAAGCUUUCCCCAGACAGAAAGGACCACGCACCAGGCUCUUCCACCCCAGCGGACGGGCGGGAAAGGUGGCCCCCCGCCCCGCAUUGGGUCCACCCUCCUCUCCGCCCGCCUUGCCGCGGCCGGGGUCCCCUCCCUUCCGACACUGGAAGCUGCCAGAGCCUCCCCAGGCCAGGCGGGAGCACGUGUCACGUCUGGAGGACCAAAGACCCGCGCACAUGAAGGCCGCUGCCCACGCGGCCCGUGACGACCCUCCGCCCCGGGCGCAUCUCUCCACUCGGGUCUUCUUGGUUGGACGCCCCCCUCGGCUGCGGGGACCCUGGGGGACUGAGGGGAAGCAGCGCGGGAGAGGCCUGCCCGCAGGCCGUCGCUCUCCGGUCCCGCGCCGCACCCGCCGCCCGGCCCCUGCCCGGCACGGGGAACCUGAAGGCCAGAGCCCGGCGCGACCCUCGCCCUGUCAGCGCGGCGCCGGCGACCCUUACCUAGCGUCCCGGCACCUCCCGCCUUCGCCCCGCCCCUCCCGGCGGAGGCUCCGCCCCGCUCCUGUCACGUGCUCGAGAGCGCCGCAGCUAUUGGCUCGCCCUGGCCCUGGCGACGCGGAAGCCGGGGUCAGCGCAGGGACUGCGCUCUGCAUCCAUUGGCUCGCCUUGGCCCGGCGGCGCGGGCGCGUGGGUGGAGCCAGGGUCAGGGCGGUGACGCAAGCGCGCUCCCGGCCUUGCGGGCCGGGGAAGCUUGGGGAGGGAGACGCGCGAGAAAAAGGAGGCGGGAGGGCGCAGCAAGCUUAUCUUAAAGGGGACGCGGGCGCCUUGCCGCGACGUACAGACGUGGAAACUGAGGCCCGUAGAAGGGUUGAGACCUCAGUUUCAACGCUACAACCUCCGGGAGGCUCGCGGUCCCCGGGGACGCGCCGGGCCAUGACCGCCCGGGUGGAGCCUCGGGGCCCGUUUCUCAUGCCCGGCGCUGCCGGCAGGGCCGCGGGCAGAGGCCGCCCCCAGAGCAGGCGGAGGAGUCGGGUACCCGGUUCCCCCGGCCGGGGCCGAGCCGGGGAGGGUGUGAGGCGUGGGCCGGUGCGGCCGGACGGUGGCGCCCGUGCACCGCGGGCGCACUGGGCCUCCCCUGGCUGGGUGAAACCACUGCAGCGCAGGCCCGAGCGAGUGUGGAUGGAACGCUGGGAGCCAAGGGUGACCCCAGGGCCCGGGCCCGGGAAUAUAGGCGUUCCGGCCAUGUGCAAGGGGCGCCUGGGGAAGGGCAGGCUCAGCCCUGCGGCGUCUGUGGGACGCGUCGCCCACCCAAGCAGGGGAGGCCCGGGGCGGGGUUGCCUGAAGCCCAGAGAGAGGAGCGCCCCGGCUGGAGACUUAAGUCCGCACACGAUGGCUGGAGGAGCACCUGCGCCCUGGCGAGACAAGCCUUACCUUCAUUCCUCCAAUAUUCAAAGUCAACAGCCGGUCACCCCACCUGGGCACACGCGACAGCCAGGCCUCUCCCGUACGCGGCCACCCCAAUCCAUGUCUCCCCACAGGCCCCCGCACACGCUCCCACUCCUCGCAGCUUUGCGCCCUUGCUGUCCUUACUGCCGCCAACACCGUCGUUGCAACUGCCGAGCCUUGGCACAAGCUGUCCGCUGCCUGGAAAGCUCCUGCCCAGGUCUCAACAGGGCAUCUCGCUGGUUUGGGGUCCUUGCUCGAAUGGUCGUGAAGCCUUCUCUGCAUAUGUGGGCAGCUCUCCCCCGCCCACCGUUUGGACCCUUUGAGGGCCCCAUUUCUCUUCAGGGCAGUGUCCGGGUUGCAGGCUCCGGGCAGCCUGGGAGGCUGGCACCCAGCAGGCUCCGGGCAGCCUGGGAGCCUGGCACCCAGCAGGCUCCGGGCAGCCUGGGAGCCUGGCACCCAGCAGGCUCCGGGCAGCCUGGGAGCGUGGCACCCAGCAGGCUCCGGGCAGCCUGGGAGCGUGGCACCCAGCGGGCUCCGGAGGCUGAACAGGCUGCCCCGAAGGUCCCAGUAGCCAGGGAUGCAGUCACAGACACGCAGAGGCUGGAGACAGCUCCUCGAAUCCAAACCAGGAGGGCUCGGGCUGGGACACCAGGAUCUACAAUCAGGGAAGCGAUGCUGAUCAAGAGGGAAGUGUGGAAGGAAGCGAGCCAGUUCUCAGGGCGGCUGGGGCUGGAGCAGCUGAGUGAGCCCUCCCCAAGGGGAGAACCCACCGUGCAGGGGGCCCCACUGUCAUUGUUCUGUGCGCUCAUUGAGACCACAGCUGCCUCAGGAACGCACCUGACAACGCCUUCACCAGCCACGCCAGCAGAGGGGAGCUCCGAGGGGGAGACAGGAGGCAUCUGUUCCCAAGGAGCCUCACACCCUGGAGGCUGUGUGGGGGAGUGGCCAGCACAGCCCCGGGCUGCUCAGAGGCUGCUGCAGCCCACAGCUCGGGUGAAACUGGCCUGGAUUCAGAGAGGAGGCCCGGGGGCGUAG